ACGAGCGUGACCUGACUGCCACCCUGGCCGCCCUGUGGAGGUUGUCAGUUGACACUCGUCUCGACACGUGCGGGUCUCUGCUGCAGCAGAAUCAGGUCCUCGCUCACUCCAAGCUCCUCGUGCUGGUCUAUUGCAACUUUGCGGAUACACUGGAUUUCUUCACGCAAAUAAAAAAGAGACGUCAAUUCCAAUCACCGUUCAUCACUUUGCUUGUUCCCGUGAGAACCUUGGUAGACCUCUCAUUGCUGGAGGCCAUCUUGAUCGAGGAACACCAGGUGCUGGCGGUGCUUUUGCUUCCAGAGAAAGCGCACAUUUUCCGCUCGCAGGUCCUGAAGAAUGAGAGCAUUUCAUUGAUUGAAAUUGGACUCUUUAAAAUACCGACACCUGGGGAAAAUAUUGCGGGUCCACAAUUUGAGGGAUUGAAGUCAAUAAUGAGUCGCUUCGUUACACAUGGACUUCAAAGUGACUCGUACCGUACUCCGGCUGCACAAUCAGGCAGUUUAUUGGAUCGUGUCUACAAGAACCAGAGUUCCGGCGACCUGAUUCUUAAAUCCCCAGCCUUCCUAACCAAGCUUGACCUCCGCAACCAAAACAUGGGCGGCCGCACAUUCCUGGCCAGCGUGGUGGAUAAUUUUCCGUUCUUCAAAAUAAGACGAGACGACACAAAAGGCAGCGAGACCGGGUCCGGAAUAGACUAUAGCAUCGCUGAAACCAUCGCAAAAUUCUUGAAUAUUACGAUUCGCAUCGUCACGCCCGUUGACGGUCAAUGGGGGCGACGUCUCCCGAACGGCAGCUGGACGGGCAUGAUCGGCAUGGUCGAAAGACGGGAAGCGCAUUUCGCGAUCGACCAGAUCACAAUAACGGGUGAACGUGAAACAGCUGUCGACUUUUCUCGCUUCUAUUAUUGCGAGUCAAUGUCGAUUGUAUCACGAGCUCCCGUUGCAGCUAACCAAGCUCUCGCAGUCUUGUCUCCCUUCACUUCUGCUGUGUGGCUGUUGCUGCUGGUGUUUUUCCUCCUGGCGGGUCCGACUAUGAAGAUAUUUAGCGUUUGCCAGCAGCGCUUAGGGCUGCGCACUGAACCCAAACGUUCGUCUAUGUCGGAGUUCAGUUUCUACGCGUUCCGUCUUGCGUUAAUGCAGCACGACGAAUCCGUCGCAAUCAAAACUCCAUCGCUGAGACUCUUCGUGAUUUUUUGGGCGAUAUUUUCUUUUAUUCUUACAGUCUUGUACUCCGGACACCUGACGGCAGCUUUGGUAUCUCCACCUCACGCGCGGCCCAUCAGCAGCCUGCAGGAUCUGCUGACGGCGGUCACGAGGGACGGAGUCUUGCCGGUCGUUUUCGAAGGCGGUUCCGCACAUGCUGUUUUUUCUCUGUCUGAAGCCGACAUUUAUCGCAACUUGUACCAGCACUUCACGGCCGACAGCUACGUCACCUCUACAGCCGAUGGAUACAAAAAAGUGUUGACCAGUAACGGGGCGUACAUAGGAGGCGCCUUGUCUGCCCGGAUCAGAACUCUCACACUUGGCAGCUACAAGUUCAGUGUGGCGCGGGAAGCUUUCUCUUCUGAAAGCUACGGCAUUGCCGUCAGAACUGGUGCUCCUUAUCUUAUAGCUUUCAACUCAGCGUUGGGUCGCCUUGUGGACUCUGGCCUGAUCGGCAAGUGGGAGCGCGAGGCGGUGGCGAGCGUCACGCGGCAGUCCGCCCUGCAGGCGGCGACGGGGGAACUUCUCGUGUCCCUCAACCUGCAUCAUCUGCAGGGGGCGUUCGUGUUCUACGCCAUGGGCAUGACAUUAGCUCUAAUUUGCUUCCUGAUUGAGCGCUAUUGUUCAGGAGGAGCUAGGAAACAAUUACUAGGCAUCGAACAUGGCUUCAACUGCAGGAGUUUAAAAACUACCAGUGGCUGAUAUUGAAUUAGAUUGAAUUGAUUACCAAAAUAAUGUGGUUAUUCUGGAAUUGAGCGAGAUUUCACUUACAUGAGGUUGCCAAGGACUCAACCCAGACAUUUAGAAGUAAAAAGAUGACUUACGAUAAAACUUACAACUAUUAAGGUAAACUGAAUGAUCACACUACAUUCCGUGGACUUCUCCAGUUCAAGAUGCUAACCAUUUUCGGGUUUUACAACGAGGAUUGCGUACGAAAAACUGAAAGCUAGAUUUCCAAUUUGAGUAACAUCAUCACUCAUUUACUGAAUACUUUUGCUGCACUGAUUGUACUUUACAUCACAUUGUUUGUUCAAAUGCACUUCACCUACGUUUACACUCUAAAUAUCAAACGACUUGCCAAUGGAACGAUAUGCCAAGGUUCCAAACAAUGAACGCUUCGGGCUGCUUCGAUUUUCAUGACUUCGUUUCCAAACUAUUUUACCUAAAACCUUCUCUUGAUAAUUUCCUUCAGCUAUUUCCAUCAUAAUUUGCAGGAAGCUGCGCGGAUGGUAUUUUCUUUUACGAAUCUACCGCCGUUAAUAUUUCUUGCGGCUUGCCAAGACGAAGCAUAAUUUGAGAUGAAACGGGCAAAAUAGCUCAAUGUCGCUUGUGGACAGCUCUUAAGAGUAAAGGAAACCACAUGUUAGCAGUAAUCUUAUAUUUUCGCUUACGUGUGCUUAAAUGUACUCAGGCAAUCGUAAGAGCAACGUACAAGCCUUAGAACUAACAAAAUGGUUCGAUAAGCAAGCAUUCGAUAAAAUGAUUCCACAAUAGAGAGGGUUAAGAGCAAAUUAGAGUUCAAGAUGUGUUGUAACAACAUCAAUGAGAACAUCAUGCAAAUAAGACCUUGUAGACAAAAAUUAAAUUGUUUGUCUUGUUUGAACAUUCUUAGCUAAAUGUUAUAAUAACUUCACAUUCAUAUAUUCCACACAAUUCGAAUGUUUGCUAGCUCGUAAGUGAUGCUACAUACACUCAAGACAUAAAUUCAUAACAAAAAUGUAUAGAACAACUUUUCACCAUACCACGACAUGUCGUCGAGUCAAAUCAGAUUCGGUCAAUGAAAUCAGUACUCAAUAAAUCAAUUAGAGUUUCAAGCCUCAAAGUUGAGUCAAAAUGGAUUCCAAUUUUCUAUUGAGAAAUUCUACCAAUAUUCUACCAAUUGAGAAAAUACUUCAAAUAACGCAUGAUUACAUUGCAUCCGAGGCACAUGAAUUGCAACGCAACAUUCUAAAGGCUACUAUACAGAAAUUUUUCUUCCGAAGUGUGGAAACUUAAAGGAAAGCAUCCAAAUUAUACAGUUCAUUCACAUCAUUAAUUUCUAAUUACCUACUGUUUUUAACCAAAUUACGGGGUUUUAUUAGUUUCACUAUAUCAGUCUUGCGUUCAUCUAGAAGAUUUCAAAGUAUAAUUCCAUGAAGAAUGACACGACCAUUUAAAUUUUGAUGCAUAAAAUUACGAGAAUAAAGAAGAUGCGCACUUAAAUUCGGCAUCUGUGAAUGAUACAAAAACGUAUACGGAAUGUUAAAUUAUCCAUUCUUCAAUUAACAUAAAUUUCACUAUAUAUAAUGA